ACGGUUGUUCCGAAAAAAUACCGGUAUAUUUUACAGUGAAAAAUCAAUCCUUGGAGUAUAAUUAAACGAUUUUCUCGUGCGUACCUCCGCAGAGAUAUCGUCCAUAAAAAUGGUGACCCGAAAGCUGUGGCUCCCGUUUGCGGUGCUUGCAUUUGGCUUCCUCCACGAAACAAUCAGCGUCGAUCGGAACAACUUCAAAUCCUGUGAACAAAGCAGUUUCUGUCGUCGCCUACGUUUGUCAGAACCAGAAACGAGCAAAUUUGAGGUCCUUCAGGAAACGCUGCAAACGUACAAGCAGUAUAUCUUAUUGGAUCUGCAACAUUCAGAAACAAAGCAUCUGUACGUGCUUAAGCUGGGAGCAGUGAAGGGUGGAAUUUUCCACUUCCAAAUAGACGAGAAAAGUCCGUUGAGUGAGAGAUAUCGCGUCGUUGAUGCUUUGGUCAAGGAGCCAGAGUAUGUUGGAGUCAAGGUUGAAAGUAGUUCGGCUUCCACAGUCGUUGUUUCCACGGAAGCAGGAACGAAUAAAGCAGUGAUCCAGGUGGCUCCUUUCAAGAUUGAUUUCUAUAACGGAGAGAGGGUUGUGGUUUCGGCCAAUUCGAUGGGAUUGAUGCGAUUCGAGCAUUUGAGACGAAAGGAAGUGGCACCAGCUGCCCCAGUCGAGAACGAGCAAGAGGAUCAGGAAAAUGAAGUUCAAGUGAAAGAAGAUCCUGGUGCGUGGGAAGAAAACUUCAAAAGCCACCAUGAUGCCAAGCCGAAGGGACCAGAAGCACUAUCUAUGGACUUUAGUUUCCCUCAAGGGAAGGUGUUGUUUGGAAUUCCGGAACAUGCUGAUUCAUUUGUUCUGAAGCAUACUGUUGGCGGAAAGAGUGAUCCUUACCGUUUGUACAACCUGGACGUCUUCGAAUACGAGUUGGACAAUGGGAUGGCCCUUUAUGGAUCGGUUCCAGUUAUUUACGGUGCAGGUCCAAGCGCUACCGCUGGAGUAUACUGGCAGAAUGCGGCUGAAACUUGGGUUGACAUUUUCUCUCCCGAGCAAGAGAAGAACGUUAUGUCUUCGAUAGUCAACUUUGUUUCUAGAUCUAACCAAGAAGACACUCCAGCGGCUAAUUUCAUUUCCGAGAGUGGUAUUAUUGAUGUCUUUGUUCUUGUGGGUCCUCAACCACUGGAUGCCUUCCGCCAAUACACCGAUCUCACCGGAAAAGCUCCUCUCCCACAAUUGUUUGCAAUUGCGUAUCACCAAUGCCGUUGGAAUUAUAAUGACGAACAAGAUGUGACUACAGUCUCGGCAAAGUUUGACGAACACGAUAUUCCGAUGGACACUAUGUGGUUGGAUAUUGAGUACACGGAUAGCAAGAAAUACUUCACCUGGGACCAUCACAAGUUCCCGCAUCCACUGGAAAUGAUUCGCAAUUUGACAGAACGCGGUCGUCAUUUGACGAUCAUCAUCGAUCCUCACAUCAAGCGCGAUGGAGGAUAUUUCUUCCACAAUGAUUGUACCGAUCGUGGUUACUAUGUGAAAAAUAAGGACGGAAAUGACUAUGAAGGAUGGUGCUGGCCCGGAGCAGCAAGCUAUGCCGAUUUCUUCAAUCCUGUAGUUCGGAAAUAUUACGGUGAUCAGUAUCUGUUGGAAAAUUUCAAGGAAUCUACGGCGGAGGUGGGAAUUUGGAACGACAUGAACGAACCUUCCGUAUUCAAUGGGCCAGAAGUGACCAUGUUGAAGGACAAUAUUCACCACGGCGGAUGGGAACAUCGUGACGUGCAUAAUUUGUAUGGCCAUAUGCACAUUAUGGCAACCUACGAAGGACUGAUUCAACGAGGUGAAGGCACCCUUCGUCCGUUCAUUUUGACCCGAUCGCACUUCGCUGGCAGUCAGCGAUUCGCAGCCGUCUGGACUGGCGACAACAUGGCCGAGUGGGGUCACCUGCAAGCCUCGAUCAAGAUGUGCCUCUCGCUUUCGGUUGCCGGUAUUAGUUUCUGUGGGGCAGACGUCGGUGGAUUUUUCGGUAAUCCUGAUCCUGAACUAUUCUAUCGUUGGUAUCAAACUGGAGCCUUCCAACCAUUCUUCCGUUCACAUGCUCACAUCGAUACUAAGCGUCGCGAACCAUGGUUGUACCCAGAGGAUGUUAAGCUGAUUAUCCGAGAUGCCAUUCGGAAACGCUACCGUCUGCUUCCUCUGUGGUAUACAAUGUUCUACGAACACGAACGCUCUGGACUACCGAUUAUGCGUCCAAUGUUGGCCCAUUACCCGGCUGAUUUGAAAUGCUACGAACUGGAUAGUCAAUUCAUGCUUUCGGAUAAAUUACUUGUUGCUCCAGUACUCAAAGCAGGCCAAACGAAGAUCGAUGUAUAUUUCCCUGCCAAGGAGAAUGGAGAGGCUGAUCUCUGGUAUGAUAUGGACAACCACCGCAAAUACUCGUCGGUUGGAUAUGAUUCGAUUUCGGUAGAUACCUACAAGGUGCCUGUAUUCCAACGUGGUGGUACUGUGGUUCCUCGCAAAGAUCGUAUUCGACGAUCAGCCACUCUCAUGAAGGAUGAUCCCUUCACAUUGGUCGUUGCAAUGGAUAAGAACACCUUGGCCAAGGGAACCCUGUAUAUUGACGAUGAAACCAGCUUCGAUUAUCGUUCCGGCAAAUACCUGUACCUCGAAGUUGAAUUUAAGGACAAUGUCCUCAGCAGCAAAAAAAUUGACUCCACUGCUACCUACUCGACCAAGAGUUGGUUAGAGCGGGUGAUUCUAGUUGGCUUGACCAAAACUCCAAAAUCUGCAACACUUCACCUGUCCAAUGGCGAAUCCUCAACGCUGGAUGUAUACACCGAAGCCGGUGCUAUUGUUGUCCGUAAACCGGGCGUUUCGAUGCUCGACAAUUGGUCGAUCAAGUUGAACUAUUAAAA